AUGCAAUUCGGCAAAUCGAUCGGGACGGCAUGCAGCUCGUUCGCGAUCACGAAUAUCGAUGACCUGUUUGUGCUGACCACGUUCUUUGCCGAGGCGGCGACCAGCCCGACGCUGACGCCCGUCAAGAUCACGGUCGGGCAGUACGUGGGCUUCACGGUGAUAGUGAUCAUCAGCAUGAUUGGGUUUGGGGCCUCGCUGGUGCUUCCCUCGGAGCCGAUUGGGUUUCUCGGUCUGCUGCCCAUCCUGCUGGGGGUUUGGAAACUCAUUGAUCUGCUUCUUCCGACCGGGGAGGGGGAAGAGAACGCGGGGCAGUUACCAGACGGACAAGACGGACAAGACGGAGGGGAAAAACAACAAUCCCAUUUCCUCUCCAGUCUGAAGAGCAUCCUGAAGGUCUCGAUGAUCACGGUGAUGAAUGGCGGAGAUAAUAUCGGGACAUACAUCCCGCUGUUUGCGCAGGCCAAGGGGCCCGAAAUCGCCAUCUACGUCGUCACGUACUACAUCCUGCUUGGGCUGUGGUGUCUCGCGGCGUUUUUGAUCAUGAAGCAGCGCCAUGUGCUGCGUCUGGCCCAGCGAUACGCAGACCGGGUCGUGCCCUUUCUGUACAUGGGCCUUGGCAUGUACAUCAUCAUCAAGUCGUCGUGCUACCCAUGGUCGAUCAAACGCAUCGACGUCUCCUCUUCCUCGCACCCGGGCAAGGCCAUCAUGGCGGUCGUCACCACGGUUCUUCUUUUGAUCUGUAUAGCUGCCAUGUUAUGGAGAGCUAAAGUGAAGAGAGGGCGACUCUGUCCGAAUGGUGCAGAAAUAGAGCACUCGUCAGACUCAUAA